AUGUUAACCGCUUAUAUCUCUCCAUUGCAACAGGACCCGGACUCACCGGAGUUUAUCCCAGCAUCAUCUGGCUUCUUCAGCUCCAGAUCUGAUCGACGUCGGUCUAUUGCUGCGUCUACCGUAGACACGAAUCUCGCUGUUGAACAGUUUCCCAAGCAGACCCGUUCUCGUCGCGAUUCCCUACGAAAAAAGCUGGCGGGGCCACGGGAGAACGCAAAGCGCUUCCUCCGCUUGGGCGCGCCGCCCAUUAAUAUUCCUCAUUCCUCCCUAUCACCGCCACUUACGACCGCUCCCGCGACUACGCCUAGAACCUCAACUACGACUAAUCAUUAUCAUACCCGCGCCAUGUCCCGGACAACACGGCCUCGUCCGGUGUCCGAGAUCAUCUUAUCCCCCAACGAGGCGCAAAUGUUAGUCUCUGCCGCUGCUGCCGGCAGGAUGCGAUCCGACUCUUCCUCCACAGUCUCUAUGACACGGCCUCCGGCGUCGGCGCCAGAUACCCCUCCCGUUUCGGACACACCGGCGCCGUUCCCUUCGCUCCGCAACGAGAAGAUCGUCGCCACAGGAAGCGGCAUCGCUGUUGGGAUCGCAUUAACGGAGCCUGUGCUUUUCCUCCAAGGUUACGAUCAAAACGAUCUCAGUACUAAGAAAUCCGCCAUUCUCCGCGGUCAAUUACACCUCAAGAUCACCAAGAGCGUUAAGAUCAAGAAGAUCUCGAUAUGUUUCCGUGGUCAUGCCCAGACCGACUGGCCAGAUGGAAUCCCUCCCAAGAAGAUUCAUUUCCACGAUAAAAAAGACUUGGUUACGCACGGCGUGAUGUAUUUCAACCAUGGAGACACUGCCCUGAUGCAGAACGACUACGGAGCACACUUCUACCAGCAUGCCAAACCCAUUCCCUCGGUCACGGGCAAGGAUGGAUCGAUGACCACGACCCGAGAGCUGUUUUCCAAGAGCGGAUCCUCCACCUCGCUUCAUCAUCACCAGCCGACCGCGAAGGAGCUCAAAGGGCUUUCGCUGCAGGCAAACCACUCGCACUCGCGCAGUUUCGGAAAGAAUGAAUUGCCCACCAGCAAUCAUUCGCAUCCUCAGCGCAACUACCGAUUGUUUCCAGUCGGGGACUAUGUGUACAACUUUGAAUUUCCUAUCGACGGCUCCCUUCCGGAGACUAUCAAGACGGAUUUGGGCUUUGUCCGAUAUGACCUUGAAGCGAUCGUGGAACGUUCGGGGGCAUUUCGUCCGAACCUACUGGGUACCCUGGAGGUGCCCGUGAUCCGUACACCGGCCGAGGGCUCGCUGGAGCAGGUCGAGCCCAUCGCAAUUUCUCGGAACUGGGAAGACCAGCUCCACUACGAUAUCGUCAUCUCAGGGAAGUCUUUCCCGCUUGGCUCUCAAGUACCCAUCGCCUUCAAAUUGACCCCCCUCGCGAAAGUGGAGUGUCACCGGAUCAAGGUCUACGUCACAGAAAACAUUCAGCACUGGACGUCGGAUAAGAGUGUGCAUCGGUUGCAGCCAGCAAAGAAGGUGCUGUUGUUCGAGAAGCGAGCGGACUCGGCCAGUGUGAGCACUUAUCCCGGGAGCUCCAUGCGUGUCACUGCGGGCGGCGGCAUCGACUGGGAUCAUCGUGCAGCCGCUGCGAGAGGCGAGGAGAUUAUAGAUCGCAAUCGGACGAAUUUGCUUGGAAAUCUUGCCAGUGAUUCGGGGAUCGGCCCCACCGAAAUGGAAUUCAACGUUCAGCUUCCGAGCUGCCAGGAGAUGAAGAACCGGGAUGAAUCACACCGACUACAUUUUGACACGACUUACGAAAACAUUCAAAUCAAUCACUGGAUCAAGAUUGUGUUGCGUCUUUCCCGACUCGAUGAAAGAGAUCCAGGCAAGCGCAGACACUUUGAGAUCUCCAUCGAUUCACCCUUUCACCUUCUCUCUUGCAAGGCGACCCAAGCCAACAUCUUUCUUCCGGCGUACACCUCUCCAAACUCGGAUCCGGUGCCACCAGCGCAAGAGUACGAGUGCGGAUGUCCCGGAGCGGCCUUGAUCAGCAGGAAUAACUCAAGCAGUCAACUCAUAGCGUCUGAUCGGGAGGAUCCGCCGGCGGUUUCCCGCAGCUUCACCAAUGGCUCCGGAGGCCUGGCUCGUCCACCGCAGGUACAUCUCGCGCACGAAGCGAGUAACGAUCGAGUGCCCCGACCCAUGCACCUUCUCCGGACCCCAUCCUUUGCUCCGCCACCCUUUGAAGAUGUUCCUCCUCCACCACCUCUCAUCACGCCGCCCCCAGAGUACAACUCGAUUGUGGGUGACAACGACCGCGAGACUGUUCUGCAGGACUACUUCUCACGGCUAUCAUUUUACGAAGAGCACGAGGACGAAGAUGAGCGCGGCCGCGGCCGCGUUGACGUGCCUCUUACGCCGGGAGGCCGUGUGAACCGCAGCAUGGAUGUCCCCCGAGAAUGGAUCCGGCUCGGGGAACCAGCUCUCCCUUAA